GGUCUGCGGACGCUGUAUACCCUCUUCCACUUCCCGCUGCAGCCAAUAAAGGCCGUUCCUACCAUAGUCAGUCUGUGUCCGCGUUCUUUUUUCUGAGACUGCACAGUUCGGGGAAGCUGUACGCCGCCUUUCGCUACGCGGAAUUUGCAGAUCUUCCCCUGGACCUCAGGCCUCUCCGGCUGGAGUAGGGUGGACGCUUCACAUAAGGUUCUCUGGUCGAACUUACCCGAACCUCCAGAUGGCCGCGCUGCGUCGAAUGCUCCACUUGCCGAGCCUGAUGAUGGGGACGUGCCGCCCCUUUGCGGGCUCACUGGCUGAUAGUUGCCUGGCGGACCGCUGUCUCUGGGAUCGGCUGCAUGCCCAGCCUCGUUUGGGCACUGUCCCCACCUUCGACUGGUUCUUUGGAUACGAGGAAGUCCAGGGGCUCCUACUGCCAUUGCUGCAGGAGGCACAGGCUGCCAGUCCUCUGCGAGUGCUGGAUGUGGGCUGUGGGACUUCCAGCCUAUGUACAGGCCUCUACACCAAAUCUCCACACCCAGUGGAUGUGCUGGGGGUGGACUUUUCUCCUGUGGCUGUGGCCCACAUGAAUAGCCUCCUGGAGGGUGGCCCAGGCCAAACACCUCUAUGCCCUGGGCACCCUGCCUCAAGCCUCCACUUCAUGCACGCCGAUGCUCAGAACCUGGGGGCUGUGGCUUCUUCAGGCUCUUUCCAACUACUGCUGGACAAAGGCACGUGGGAUGCUGUUGCCCGGGGAGGUCUGCCUAGGGCUUACCAGCUUCUAUCAGAAUGCUUGAGGGUUCUAAACCCUCAGGGGACCCUGAUUCAGUUCUCAGAUGAGGACCCUGAUGUGCGACUGCCCUGCCUGGAACAAGGGUCCCAUGGCUGGACUGUGACUGUGCAGGAGCUAGGCCCGUUCAGGGGCAUCACCUACUUUGCUUACUUGAUUCAAGGCUCUCAUUAAAGACAUUUUAGUAGUCC